AUGACCUUGUCUCAAGGCGAUGUCGGGUCGAUUAUCAGUAAAACUCAAUUUGAUCAAAUGUUGAAGCAUCGAGAUGAUGCGGCUUGCCCUGGGAAAGGGUUUUACACUUAUGAUGCUUUCGUAGCUGCAGCCAAGUCAUUUGGAUCUUUUGGAACAACUGGUGCUACAGACAUUCGUAAGAGAGAAAUUGCUGCCUUUUUGGCACAAACAUCCCAUGAAACCACAGGUAUAAUGUUUCUUACAGUAAUGUUGGCAACCAUGUCCGGACCCACAUGUUAA